AUGGAUCCCCGGGGGCCAGCCCCUCAGCCUUUCCAGAAACCUGAGAAACAUGGCCGCAUCCGCCGUCGGAAGACCAGGCGGGAACGGAACAAGGCCCUGGUGGGCAGCCACCGAUCAUUGGCCCGUGAGGAUGCUCUCAUGUCCAGUCGGGAACAAUCCAUGGCCCUCCAGAAUUCUGUGGCUCCUAAAGCUCCUAAGCUUGUGGUCAUAACCCAGGGCAGGCUGAGCCGUGAGCACCGGGGUCUCUUCAACCAUGAAGUGAAAUCUCUGGAUGUGACCCGACUGCUUAACAGUGGCUCCCUGGAACCAGGCACCCCUCUGCUGCCCACCAAUUCCUCCCACAGCCCAGGCAGGGUCCAGGAACCAGCCUCCCAGCCAAGGGGCAAGGAAAACCAGGUGCGUGGAGGCUCAGGCCCAGACCCACCAAAUUCCCUGGAGCCCCCUGUGUUGGGGCAAUUGCUGGGGGAUUUCCAGCACCAACUGAUUCUGCCACAAGCCUUUCCCAGAAGGAACCUGGUACAGGAGGCCAGGGAUGCCAUCGUGGGGACAUUGCAGGCUUGCCAUGGUUGCGUGCCUGACCUUUCCCUGGUGCUCCGGGGCUACCAGCCACCCAUGCCAGAGACCAAGUCUAGCGUUCCCGGGAGACUAAGGAUGACGCCCUCUUGGGUCACUAGUCCUGAGCAGGUUUCAAGCCAGGGGAAACAGACGCAGCAGGAGACACGGGAGCUCCCCUUCGCUCUGAUGAAUACCUCCAGCACUUCCCCUGCACACAGGGUUGGCCUGGUGCCACCUACGGGUCCCAGACCACCCCCGUUGCCCUCAUUGCCUUCACCCCCUGGGACAACUUGGGGUCCCCCAACAGCCUUUGACCUGCUAAAAAGCAUUUGGCUCAUAGCCACUCCACCCCCUUCCCGGCCCUGGGAUGUCUUUCCACCCCAGCCCCCGCCUCAGCCACUGUCACCCUUGUUGUCCCGAACAGCUGCCUUGGACUGGAGCCCCAGCUCCCCUGCCCCCCUGCCCAGCCUCUCCUGGAUGGUGGCUCAGAACAGUCCGGAGGCCUGGUCCUUUCCCCCCAUGAGACUGUACUGAGGGGACUGCGGCUAGGGCCGAGGGCAGAU